UUUAGACUCCUCUAUAUUCCCCCUUCACUCUUUAGACCUUCAAGCAAGAGCCUCUUCACCCCCCAUCCAUCCCCAACCAUGUCCCCAUUCCGACGUCUCAAUCACUUCAUACCACCCAAAGUCUUGACAUUCUGCAAAUACACCGUGAUAACAGGCAUAACCGGAGCCACAACCUGGCAGCUAUGGUCACGACACUGUUACUUCGAGCCCUUCGGUCCUGACAGUGAUGUUUUGUUUCAGAGCAAGUAUUUCCAGAGAUUUAAUCCGAAUAAACAUCCCUCGCUGGAUGAUUCGUGCGUACGGAAGGUUCCUAUAUCAGAAGUCAAACCUGAGCUGGUUGAGGAUUUCCAUAAUGGUGGGUCGAGGCUUUUGGAAAGCUUCUGUGGGGGUGUUUGGGGUGGAUAUGGCUACGCAAUCCAACGGAAGAUUCUCACAUUCCUAUGCAAGGAUAGAACCAAUGAGGCCAUGCUAUGGAGUAAGGAGCAGUUGCUUGCUAGCUCUUAUGACGAAGGAACAAUCGUAACAGAUCACUUUAUCGUCCUGCAAAAAAAGCCCAGAUCUAUCGUCAUGCGGGGUGGAUUAUCCCCGACAGAGGACCUAGAUAAACCCCGUGAAAUGGAUAAUAUUUCGGAAAUCACUGUCGAUAUUGACACCAAGGAAGGAGUGGCUGAGUUCCGAUUGAAGAAUAUCUUUUUCAAUGGUGUGAAGCAUACGACUGAGGCACUUUUCCCGCCUCCUGUGGUAUGGUUGCAUUUUCAGUAUUGUAAGUUGCUGGUUGAGGCUGGGGUUGGUUAUUGUAUGGGGUAGGAUGGGGAUAGGGUAGUGACUCAUUGUUUCAGUUUGGUAGAUUUUUGAGAUUUGUUGGUUUUGGACGAAGUAUUUGUGGG